AUGCUGCGCACCCUCGCACGUAGCCUUGGGCCAUCAACCCGAUCCGCUACUGUCCGCCCAGUUGUCGCGACCCGUAUUGCGGCGCGGUACUACGCGUCUCUGUCGCCUGAUGCGCCGCCACCCACGCGGCCAUACGACGUCUUCGAUGAGGAGGGCAAGGCGCGGCAGCGCGACCGCGCUGUAAUCCGCCUCCGCGAAGCCACGGAGGCAGGCGAGAUCUCGGGCCCCGAGGUGCUCGACUAUCUUCGUGAGGAGAUGGCUGACCGGUUAGCAGAACGUGUGGAGGUUCCGCCCUCAACCAUCCUCGACCUCUCAUCGCACGCGGGACAGCUCACGCGUAUCCUGCAGGAAGUGUUGGGCGACAAGCUUCCACAGUCUGAAGAGGCCGGCGGCGUGGUGGGAACUGGGCGGAGGAGGUGGAUCAUGGUCGAAGCGAGUGAAGGGGCGCUGAACCGCGACGCCGACGAGACCUUUGUGUACCCGCCCGAGCGAAUCCACGCACCGUCGAGCGAGUUCUUGGCCCAGCCAGAAGUCGAGGCCAUGCGGGACACUAUUGACUGCGUCGUGAGCGCUGGCGGACUGAACUGGGUUGGCGAUAUUGUCGGCGCCUUCACCCAAAUCCGCCACUUGCUCAAGCCGGACGGCGUGUUCAUUGGCGCGGUGCUUGGUGGCGACACACUCUUUGAGCUUCGUACGUCGCUCCAGCUCGCGGAGCAAGAGCGGCGCGGGGGUAUCGCGAACCGCGUCUCGCCCAUGAUCGACACGACGGACGCACCGUCUCUCCUCAACCGGAGUGGGUUUACGCUGACUACGGUCGACACGGACGAGAUUACCAUCAAUUUCCCCAGUAUGUGGGAGCUGAUUGCUGACCUGCGCGACAUGGGCGAGAGCAAUGCGAUCCUGGGGCGCCGCCCGCAGAUCUCGCGCGACGUGCUCUUGGCAGCCGAGGCGAUUUACAAGGAACUCUACGGCAACGAGGAUGGGUCGGUGCCCGCUACGUUCCAGAUCAUCUUCUUCAUCGGGUGGAAGCCGGGACCGAACCAGCCCAAGCCGCUUGCGCGGGGCAGUGCCAAGACUAACCUCAAGGAUGUGCUGUGA